AUGGCGCCCGACAACGAGACGGUGCAGCGCAUCCGCAGCCAGAACCCCCAGUUCAACGGCAGCCGCUUCCUGGUGCCGCAGCGAGGCCGCCCGCGGGUCUUCGUCAUGGGCGGCGUCGCGGAGGCGCCAGACGGCUACAAGGCAUCGGAGGACAGCGCGGCCUCGCUGCAGAUGUCCCCCGACUUCACCGGUAUCCCAUUCUACCCGGGCAACUCGACCGUGUCCUACUACCCCGCCACGGGCACGCUGAAGUCCCCGCUGCGCCACGUGCUCGUCGGGGGAGGCCUCGUGGAGACCUUCGCCUUCGGCUCCGAGGAGCCCGCCGAGCAGCAGCGCGGCGGCGUCGCGGUGCCGGUCACCGCGCCCGCGGCGCCCUUCAGCCUCGCGCGGGCCGUCGGCAUCAGCAGCGCGGGCCUGGCGGGCCUGCUGUCGCAGGCGGGGCUCCUGGACCUCAGCGCCGGCACCGCGCUGAGCCCGCAGGCGAGCGUCUGGCCCGUCACGUCGGACCAGUUCCCCACGCCGCAGCAGGCGCUCACCUACCAGCUCGGAGACGGGGGGAACCUGGAGAACACGGGCCUCCUGGCCAUGCUGCAGAGGCGCGCCAAGCGCAUAGCCGUGAUGAUGAACACCGCCGCGCCAUUUGACCAGGACACGGACUUCUGCGGCGCGCCGCACGACUUCGACCCCUCGGGGAAGGUUGCGGGGGACCUGUCCGAUAAGUUCGGCUUCCCCGGCCCGCAGAUCAAGGGGGCGAUGUUCUACAGCAAGAACCAGGUCUUCGCGCGGCGGGAGCUGCUGCCCCUGCUCUGCGAGCUGGGCGGGCUGCUCAAGGCCGGCAAGCCCCUGGUGGCUCGGCGGCGCCUCCAGGUGUUGGCGAACGACUGGUGGGGCAUCGCUGGCGGUGACGAGGUUGAAGGACCUUGA